GAAGGAGAAGAGAAAGAACGCUUGCUGCUCCGGUAAGGAUCUAACACCAACCAAAAACAAACGUUUGAAUCUCUGGCCGUUGGUUUGGUGGACAUUUAUUGGACGGUGGAAAAUGAAAGUGUCCAAGAGUCACGCUGGCGGAAGAUCCAAUAACUGAGAAGCGAGAAAGAUUUCUCUCUCCUGCAACCGCUUUUUUAUCUUCCUCUCGAAACCCUAACCCUAGUUCAGCAUUCCAAAGCAUUUCAACUCUCGAAAAUCAGCACAAUUUCGGAAUCUUGCGUCUGAUUUCUCUAUCAAACACUGGGAAUUCCGAACUUCUGAAUCUCUGGAAAGAGGAGUUGCAGAAUCUGCUGCUGUUUCUCUCGAUUGAAACCUUAGGAUUUUGGCAUUCUGAGGAGGUAUGGCGGUUUUUCCUAAUCCCGGAAAUUUACAGUUCUCAAUGCUCGCGUUUUAGUCGUUUGCUCCAGCGUCUGGGAUUCGAUUCCCAAUAGAAACCCCUAGCUUUUGGUUUUUUCAGGAGGAAAUCGAUAUUUUUUCAGGAUUCUGCAGCUUUGAGUCUCUAUAAAACCGUAGUUUCAAUCGUUUGCUUUUGCUUCUGGUAUUGAAUUCUCUUCGGGAGCCCUAGGUUUCGGGAACUGUGGGGAAAGGUGGCGUUUUUUCAAGAUUCUGUUGCUUCAAAUCUCUCUUUUCUAACCCUAGUUUUUGGAAUUUGAAGGAAAAUCGCAAAAUUUAGUAGUUUUACUCUCACACCCUAGAUCGACUUUCUUUCAAAACCAUAGCUUUCUGCAUUCUCAGGAAAAUCACGAUUUGUAAAGUUCCUGAAGCUUCUAAAGUCUUCAAUCCCUUAAAAUUUACAAUUUCAAUUGCUUUUGUUUAUCUCGCUUCCUAGUUUUUUUCCCUCUCUAGAAACCCUAGCUUCUGCUCCCCAGGAAGCCCUGAUUCCGAUGCUUCCAAGCUCUAGCAAGCGUCGUGAAUUGAAUUGUUUUUGUCUCGUGCCAUUCCCUCCUUGCUCUUGAAACCCUAAUUUCUGCAUUCUGAAUCUUUGUAGAGCAGGGAAACCACAAUUUCCCCUGUUUCUCAGAGUACAUAUUGGAAGGAAUUGAUUUGCAGCUCAAAUUACCCAAAUCCGAACUUUUCCAUCUCCAAAACUCAAAACUUCGACAAAUUUUCUUUUCCAAAUCCCCAAAAUCCGUUUUCUAGCAGUCGUUUUCCAUGGAGAUCACUACUCCCAUUUUUUCGUACCUUCCAGUCUUCUUCCCAAUGUUCCUUGCCAUCUAUCUCCUUGCUUACUUUGGUGUUUUCCGCAAUUGGAGCCCCAAACACCGCCCGGAAGCAUCUAGCUGCUUCAUCUCCCUAGCCCAUGGAAGCCCUGCUGCUCUCAUGGCCGCAUUCGCCAUCAUCUCUCAAUCUCACCCCCUCUUUGCUUCUCCCAACACCAAUUUCCAGAACCUCGUGCUUGACUUCAGCAUUGCCUAUUUCUUGGCCGACCUCCUCCAUUACCUCAUCUUCUUUCCCUCCGACGUGCUCUUCAUCGGCCACCACCUUGCAACCCUCUUUGUGUUCGUCACCUGCCGGUACCUCGUCUACCAUGGUGCCUUUGCACUCCUCGUCCUUCUCAUCCUUGCGGAGGUCACCAGUGCUUGUCAGAACUCAUGGACACUUGCCAACUCCAGGAGAGCCGAUGUGGCCACUGCCGCCAAGGUGUAUGAGUUCUUGUCUCCUCCCUUUUAUGCUUUCUAUACGCUGGUGAGGGGUUUAUUCGGGCCAAUCUUUGUCUAUAAGAUGGGUGAGUUCUAUAUGAGUGGGGAGGCGGACCAUGUGAUCCCAAGGUGGGUUUGGAUUUCUUGGAUGGUUGUGGUUGUAAUGGCAAUAUCAGUCAGCAUUCUGUGGAUAUCGAACCUUUGGUUAGAGUUGUAUAAAGAGAGGACCAGGAUGGUGAAGCAGAAAAAGAGAUGAGAUGGUGGGAUUCUGGUAAGUAGCUGAGGGUAAUUUUGGGGAUUGGAGGUACUGAAGGAUGGCGAUUAAUGGGUUAUUAUAUGAUUAUUAGAAAUUCAGUGGAGGAGACAAGCGAGAAUAAUGGCGAUUGAGGCCGUUGCUAUAGAUGAUUAUCCUGACUUUGUUCUAGUUAUCAAUGUCUUCAUGGUGGCAUUGUUCAAAGGCUCAUUUGGGCCUCCACUGGAAUUUUUUUAGUAUAGAGAAGUUGCCCUAUAUCUAUAUAUACUGAGAAUUUGAUUACCUAUAUUUAUGCAUUUGUUUGGUAAUCAAAUUCUCAAUAUAUGACUAGCAAACUUACUGAAUUGUUUGUUUUGAUUUCAUGAUCCAUUAUCUUUUUUCAAUCAUUAGAAAAGUGUAUUAUAAUUUCUCAUGUGGAUUAACCUUUGGUCUUAAAAAAAAGUUGGAUGGUGACAGUAACCUGCC